UUUCUGGAAAUUAACCGUAAAUUGUCCGGUGUGAACACCCGCAAUGAAAUGACUUCAUACGCUCAGCUGUUUCGAAGUGGUGUACGUUCAGUGAUUGGCAAAAAGAACAAUAAUUAUCUCUAGCAUUAAUAUUUACAAAAUCUUGAUAAAGAAGAUACAAAUAAAUUCAAAAAUGUUGCGCAGCAUUGUACAAAAAGCCGGACAAUCAUUGACCACAACACGUUUGGCCACUAGACAUUUCGGCAGCACCACCGUCAAAAAUGAGAUUUUCAAAGUUCAAAGCAUUGAAGAUUUCGAAAACAAAGUCAAGAAGAGUGAUAAGGUUGUAAUUGUCGAUUUCUUUGCAACAUGGUGUAAUCCAUGCAAAAUGUUGACACCACGCAUAGAAUCCAUUGUUGGUGAAAAGGCUGGUGCUGUUAAAUUGGCAAAAGUUGAUAUCGAUGAACACAGCGAGUUGGCUUUGGAUUACGAUGUUGCAGCCGUGCCCGUAUUGAUGGCUAUGAAAGGUGGUAAAGUAGUUAACCGCAUGGUUGGUUUACAAGACACUGAUAAAUUGCGGGCCUGGAUAGAGAAAACCGUUGAAGAAAAUAAGUAAACAAAUUUUAUGGAGCAGCAGCAACGUGAUCGCCACACGUUAAAAAACAAAACAGUAGCUCUUAACUUUGGAGUAUAAAAAUUUUAAAAUAAUAUGUUUAGCUUUUAAAAUCAUCUUUAACCGUAAAUGAAAUCCUCUGUAUAAUGUCGACCAAAAAUGCUUAUUAAAUUGUUGAUCUGUUGGAAAAGA